UAACCGGGCGGACCAACCAGUGUGUAACUUCUGUUGUCUUCCACACGAACUGACCGAGGGACACCUCGAAUCACAGCGCCGACGGUCGCAAGCGAGGCGGCAAAAGUUUCAUCCCAGGAGCACGCACAAAGCACAGUACUAGUUAUAUAACCUUCGGCACGACGCAGUUCACCUCCCUCGAGGAAAGUGAGGCGACAACUAUCGGGAAGAGACCGCAUCGACCCAGUCUUUGUGAACCUCGAAGGAAAUCGGCGCGAAAGCUGCCUGCCCGUAUCCUGCUGCUGACCGGUGGACGGCGCCAUGGAGCCUAGCGGGAGCGCCGAGCAGCUGCUCAGCCUCAAGACCAGCAUCGAGAGGCUGCGCAGGAGCGUCAACGUUGAGCUGGACAACCUGAACGCUGUGCUGGACACACUGGCCCGCAAGGAAAGUGACCGCAACAACAAAGUGAAUGGCACCCACACCGAGGCCCAGCUUCGCAAGAAGAGCUCACCUGGGCAGGACCUUCCAGAAAAGUUUUUCGCCAUUCGAGAGAGUCGUAUUGUGGACAUUAUGGCCAACGAACACAUCCGGACUGUCUUCAACAUCUUCGUGGCUUUUCUGUUCCUGGUUACCGUCAUAUUGAUCACCUCCUACUUUUACGACCCUCAAAGGCUACGCGACGACAUGUCGACCAUCGUGGUCAACUCUACAGGAAUCGUGGGUGUAUUCGGCCAUCUGAUUGCCAUCAACCUGGCUAUUUUGUUCAUCCUGCAUCCUUCGCUGCAGCUCUGGGCCAGCUGUCGAUCUCUCGGCAAGAGUGGGCCCGUGGACUCUGUUUUCGGCAGCCUGUUCGUCCUGUUCCUGGGCUGCGUCACCGUGUUCCCUGUGCGCUACAUUUUCGCCAACGAACUGCCGCCACUGUCCUCCUGCAUCCUCGCCUUCGAACAGGUACGACUACUGAUGAAAGCGUACGCGUACACGAGGGAGAUUGUUGGCCGAGUGCUCACGCACGCGGAACUGAAAGCGAAGAGUGAAAACAACCACGUGGAGCUGACGCUACCGGGGCUGUCCUGCGUCGUCUACUUUCUCUUCGCGCCCACUCUGAUCUACAGGGACUCCUACCCCAGGACGCCGAAGGUUCGCUGGGGUGCCGUGCUGUGGUACACGGGCCAGUUCUUCGCGUGCGUAGCCAUGUACUCUGUGGUGCUGAACCACUUCAUCAAGGACCUCUUCUGUGACGCCGGCAAAGAAGGCUUCCAGCUGCUGGGCUUCACGCUCACCGGUUGCGCCAUUCUGCUGCUGGGCAGCAUCUCCAUGUUCCUCGUCUUCUACGGCUUCCUUCACUGCUGGCUCAACAUUUUUGCCGAGACCAUGCGCUUUGGAGACCGACUCUUCUACCUGGACUGGUGGAAUAGCACUACUUAUGCGGACUACUACCGCUCUUGGAACUUGGUCGUCCACGACUGGCUCUUCAAUUACGUCUACCGUGAUGCGUACAAGGCCUUCAACUAUAACAAGAAACGGGCCAUGCUGGUUGUUUUCUUCCUUUCCGCCCUGGUUCACGAGUACAUCCUGGCGCUCAGCUACCGAUUCUUCUUUCCCGUCGUCCUGGUCGUCUACGGCACCAUCGGAGUGGCUCUGAUGUUUGCGACCAAAAAGAAGACUGCGCGCUUCUGGAACGUGUUCCUGUGGAUCACGCUAAUUGCUGGAUGGGGCAUGAUACUCAUAUUUUACACAGUCGAGUUCUACUCCAGGAUAAACUGCCCCACGUCCAAGAGUGCCCUGGCAGACUUCUUCUUCCCGCGGUCUUUCUCGUGGUCGUGUAAUUCCUUCAGCCACUCCAGCUGGUUCUCGUCGUCCUUCUACAAACAGAAGCCCUCGCUGACGUGACGUGGACACGGAUGUGCGAUCGCUGUGUGUACAUUCCCAGGUCUGGCAGCCAAGCUGCCUGAACCGUGUAAAUAUGUAACAUAUAUGCUCUCCGGAUCACGUGGGAACGACAAUUUUACGGGGCAACUGAGUUAAGUUUCGUGACAAUUUUUAAUAACGUGCGUCUAUGCACAGCCGCGCUUCUGAAAAUCGUGUUUGUAGACUUAUUUUUGAAGGCGUUUUACAGGCACUGUUGUGUUCGAAUAAAGUAUUCCAAAACUUUU